AUGUAUCAGAAAUUAAAAUGCCAUGUACUAGCCGUGAAGCAGAUGGAAAGUGAUAAGGCUCUUAAACAAAUACAGGAAAAUAAUAUUACUAAAGUAUCGGAGAGUGACACAGGCCGGCAUAUUGAGAACCACGGAACUAUUGAUGCAAAUAAUGAAACACAAAUGAUAAGUGAUUCUGUGACUCUUAUUAAGAAUACUGUUACAGAAAAUAUUGAGGAGGUUCCGGAUAUAUCAGAUUUCCUCUCAUCAAUAUUAUUGGAAAUUGGUAUAUUGACAAAACAGGAUGGACAAGUUGUGUCUAAAGAACAUGUGAAGAAGAUAGACAUAGAGGGUGGAGGGGACAGAGUUACAUUCCAAGUGUUAGAAGUAGAUGAGGAACAAAAAUCCAGUGAUAAUAUAAACAAUAGUAAUAGUGCAAAUAGUGAAUUAUUUAAUGUUAAGAACGUUAAUAUGUUAGAGAAGGAACUGCUGAGACCUAUCAAUAUUAAAAGCAGUGUCCCGCGGUGCACGGAGUGCGGUAAGAGCUACGCGACCCGCGGCGCGCUCCGGAGACACGCGCGGGUACACACGGGCGAGAAGCCUCACGUGUGUACAGUGUGCUCCCGGGCGUUUGGACAGAAGGAGGUGCUCAGGAGACACGAACUGGUGCAUACAGAUGAUCGUCCCUUCAAGUGUCAGAACUGUCCUAAGAGCUUCACUCAGCGAGGCGCGUUGUUGUCUCAUGGCCGAGGCUGUCUCCCGCCGCCGGCCGCGCGCCCGCUCGCUCUACAUAGAUGUACUGUGUGCCCUAAAGUGUUCCUACACGCCUCAGGUCUGUCACGUCACGCGUUAGUGCACGCGGGUCGUGUGUUCUCAUGUUCUCCGUGCGGCCGCCGGUACAGCGACCGCAGCUCACUACUACGUCACCUCCGGUCACACAAACACGCGCGCACGCACACAGACACACGGAGCGACGCACACACUGACGACGCUUCUACAACGGCUUUGACUGUCACUGGAUGA